AAUGUCAUGGCAAUUUAUAACGGAAUUCGCAGGCAGCGUUACUACGGUAAUUCCAGGAAUUAUUUCAAUUUCGCACACAAUUCGAUGUAGUGUUGAAUUCCUGAUAAACAAAGAGCUUUUGCAGAUCUACCGAAUGAACGAAGAGGGAGGGAUGACGGAGGGCACUUCUAUGGGCGAUCAGUUCGCCUUCGACGAUGACCUGGACAUAUCCAUCGAUUCCAAUCCUGAGAAUCUCAGUAAAGAAGACAAAGCCAGAAAACUAAUCAGGGAGACUUUAACCACAUGCACUAUUGAUGACUUGGAGAAGAGACUUCUGAAUGUUGCGUGUCCUCUUCUCAAGGAGAACAUCAUCGAAAUUAUCGAUCAGAUAGAGGCAAAACUCGGUGAGGACAGGGGUAAGAGCCCAAGACUUUUUGACGACCUCUUCAUCAAGUGUCAGAGUGCACUUGAACCCUGGAAUGAAUUGCUGAGUCACGUGGAGAAAUUGGGAAAGUCCUGUGACCCCAGUAGAUUGGCUAGUUUGAUCGAUACCUUCCCGAGUGUAGUCAUCAAGAUAUCUGGCCACUGCAAGAGCAAGAGACAUCAGUAUCCCAAGGAGCAUCUGCCGCAAUUGCUCUCCGAUGCCUUCCGGAAGUCCUGCGUCAACGUCCGGCUCUUCUGCAAUCUCCUAACAUCAAUGUCCGUCUCACCACAGAAUGACGUGGAAGUGCUCAAAAAAAUUAUUUCAUCGAUCGGUGAGAUCGCGAGGCUGUCGACGUACGAUCUCGUGACGAUGGGCCAGUGCUGGAGGGUUUUUAUGAAGCUGGUAGUCGUCCACAAGGAUAUCUUCAUCAAGGGGAACUCGAUGGACUCUGUCAGGAGUCACUUCAAUCACUUAAUGAUCAUCAUUAACUCUCUGUAUAAUAAUAUAAUAAAAUCGUCUGGAGAACUCUUCGAGAAGCGAGCAAAAUGCACGGUCUUCCUUCUGACGAUCCUAGAUCGUCUUCACUCAGUCUUCGUGAAUUAUCCCCCGGGGGAAGACUUCCUCAGGGAAAUGAUUCCGAACUUGAUUAUUUUGUCCGCAAAUCAUUUGAUGUGCACGGGAGCUAAACUCAAGGACGACGAGAAAGGAAUUUACAAGGCGAGAGCCAGAAUCAUCACUUCGAAUUUUGCUGAAUCUAUACUGAGGCACUACACAAGUAUCGAUACCUUCUGGAAAAUGUUCCUGGCGGAAUUCGAAGAGGUGAAGAAGAAAGAAGAUCUGAAAUACUCGAUUGGUUAUCACUCGAUUCUUCUGUCGACAAGUGAUACGUGGAAACCUGCAAGUCUGUUCUUUCAAAUUGUCAUUGAGAAUAUUAAUAAUCUCCAGGAGGAGAUACUGAUCGGAUCCUUGGAGGUUCAAGCGUUGAAUGGGGAACCCCAAAGUGUUUAUAGAUCGACUUUAGCAGUUCUGGUGGAUUUUCUCAUUCGAAACAUCGAGGAUUUCGAGGUCUACGAGAUGAUCGUUAUGAGGAAUCUGAUGAAGGAGAGUCUGUGGCCUUCUCUGAUGGCUCAUGAUGUCCUGCAGAAGCUUUAUAGGUCCUCCAGUGAGGACCUCUUAGAGAUCCACAUUCGGGAGUUCGUGGGGGCCUACGAGGUCCUGAAGGACCGCGAUGACAGCCUCGUGGGGGUUAUUUUGGGGAGAAUGAUUGUCGAUACGUACGAACUGCUCAGCAGUGAGGGAAAAGAGAGGGUUCUGAGGAGUUGGAAGGGCUCGGGGAGUCUUCGGUUGAUACUGGAAAGUGGAUCAUCCGACGAGUCUAUCCGGGCCAAGCAGGUGGCCUUGUACAGGAAAAUUACAGCUGUCGAGUCAGUCAAUAGUCUUCCAGAAGUUAUUGCGGAUCUACGUCGGCAACCGACUGUUAAGAAUUGGAGUCGCAUGGUGGAAAUACUGAAAUUGAUGGCAAUCCUGAGGGAACAGAUUGACCGUAGUAUGACUGAGAAAUUAUGUGAAAUUUCUGCAUUCAUUAUGAAUGCAGUGGAAGAGUCCUCUGGAUGGAGGAGAAGAAUGCUCUUGCACGUGAUGCUCCUGCUCUUCGAUUGUGCUAGGAUCAACGCUGAAGAUCAGACGUUCAAUUGGUCUCUGAUUUCGGUAUUAUUCUCCCGAGUUUCGCACAGUUCGGACCUUCCCCAAGACUUCCUCAUAAAGCUGUGUCAUUAUCUGUCAGCAAACGCCCACCGAUUGAACUGCGCCAGUGAAGACAACGUUCCGGUGCUCUCGAAUUUAUUUUGCAAUCUGUUAGAGCACAAGAGUGCUUUCGUUCGUCAGGAGGCCCUCGAGGCUUACGAUCACGUCGUUGAAACAUGUGGAAAUGACGAUCUAGUCAGGAAGAUCACGAGGAUCAUUGCACAGCGUCCCAGACUUCGUGAAAUAGUACCCGCGUACUUGAAGAAGGAACCGUUAGAGGAAAUUCCUUCCAUCAUCGACUACUUGAAGACUCUCUCCAGAAAGACAAUGAAAUUCGCUGGGAUACACCCCCACCAGUGUCGAGAUGAAGAAGAGGAGGCUGAACACGAUGAUAAACGAUUCAAAGCCAACCACGACGACUUGGAGGCAAAAGCAGAGGAUGUUUGUGAGAACUUGAUGAUUCUGGUGGGUGAGAGAAGGGAUUUGGAUCCCAGGUUGCUUGAGAAGUUAAACAAUGCCUGUCGAACAUUUUUGAAGGAAUAGAAAACAAUAAUAGUAUUUUUUUAUGAUUGUAUUAUCAUUAAAACAUAUAUCAGACACUUUUGAAUAAAAAUUUCGGAAUUAAAUCACAAA